GUUAUCAAUCGAAAUUUUUCGGGGCUUCGAUAACGACCUCGAGGACUCCUGCUUCGCAGUCAAUUCCCGGUCCCGGAACGUAACAGUCGGUGCCAUGUAUCAAACGAUAGCGUGCUUUCUCGCGUUGGUAGCGCUCGCGGUAGCGAGCCCUCUGGACGUUGACACCACGGAGUCGCGGAUCGUUGGUGGCUUUCCGGCGCUGGCGGCUUCCACCCGGCACCAGGUCUCGAUUCGGCACCGCUCGACGGAUGAGGGCCGCUUCGGCAGUGGACACUUUUGCGGGGGUAGUUUGGUGAACAAUCGGACCGUGCUGACGGCGGCGCACUGUUUGGUGGACGAGCGGGAUAAGAAGCGCCCGGCGACGUUCUUCCGGGUGGUUGGUGGCGGCACUAGCCGGACCGUGCAGACGGAGGAUACCGUGGUGCGGAAGGUGAGCCGCGUCGUGGUGCACGAGCGGUUCAAUCCGAACAACUUGGACAACGAUGUUGGGCUGUUGAUUCUUGACGAACCGGUUCCGGCGACGCAUCCUGCGCUGCGAACCAUUCCCAUGACCUCGGUUAGUCCGAACACGUUGAGUUCCUGCCAGACGAGUGGCUGGGGAACGACCCAAUACGGCGUCAGUCAGACCACCAUCGAGCUGCGGGCCGUCAACGUAACCGUCCAGCAGAUAGCGAUGUGCAACGCUACCAAUAGCUAUAAGGGAACUCUGCUGCCGGGAAUGCUGUGCGUCGGAGAGUUCCAGGGAGGUCGCGAUGCCUGUCAGGGAGAUUCCGGAGGACCGCUGGUUUGCGCAGGAUUGCUAGCGGGGAUUGUGUCGUAUGGAACGGGCUGUGGAGAGCCUGGGUAUCCUGGAAUCUAUGCCGAUGUGGCGUACUAUCGGGAUUGGAUCCUACGGAACGGUGCUGGAAGUGGCUUCCGGAUGCCCGUUGUUAGUUUAGUGAUGAGUGUUUUGGCAUAUUUCUUCGUCAAGUUGCGUGAUCGAUGCCUACUGCUCAUGUCAGUGGCGGCGCUCGCCGCUUCCGAAACGGAUCCCAAAAUCAUCGGCGGCUUCCCGGCGGAACAGGGCGACACCCUGCACCAGGUUUCGAUCCGGUUCCGGAUCUUGGACGAGCAGGGAUUCGGCCGGGGCCACAUAUGUGGGGGGAGUCUCAUCAACAGCCGGACCGUCCUGACGGCCGCGCACUGUGCGGUGGAUUUGAAAAACGGGAUGCGAUUUCCGGCCAGUACGUUCCGCGUGGUCGGCGGAAGUGUCGAGCGGAGGCAAAUGACGGAGAAUACCGUUGUGGUGGGGGUUGGCAACGUGUUCGUGCACGAGAAGUUCGACACGCUGACCAUGGAGAAUGACAUUGCAAUGAUGAUUCUCAGUACACCGGUUCCGGACGGACAUCCGACGCUGCAGCCGAUUGAACGGGUGGCUAGUCAGCCUGCGGUAGCGACCUCCUGUCAAACUUCCGGUUGGGGAACCACCAUAGCUGAACAAAACGCGUCCCCGUCCACCCUUCUGGCGGUCAACGUAACCGUGCAGUCGACGACCGAAUGUAACAGGGCCGAAAGCUACAACGGCCAUGUUGUGCCGGGAAUGUUCUGCGCAGGACAGACCGAUAAGGACGCGUGCCAGGGUGAUUCCGGUGGGCCGCUGGUCUGUGAUGGAAAACUUGCCGGAGUUGUGUCCCAUGGGUUGAGUUGUGGGCUGGACGGGUUUCCGGGAAUCUACAGCGAUGUGGCGUACUACCGGGGCUGGAUUGAUUCAUGUUUGGCCGGAAAGUGUUCCGGAGCGGGAGGGAUGGUGAUCUCGUGGGGACUUAUGUGCAACCUUCUAACCGUGUCAACCAUGUGGAACCAAAGCCUACUGCUCCUGUCAGUGGCGGCACUCGCCGCUUCCGCAACGGAGCCCAAAAUUAUCGGCGGCUUCCCGGCGGAACAGGGCGACACCCUGCACCAGGUUUCGAUCCGGUUCCGGGUCUUGGACGAGCAGGGAUUCGGCCGGGGCCACGUCUGCGGGGGCAGUCUCAUCAACAACCGGACCAUCCUGACGGCCGCGCACUGCGCGGUGGAUUUGGAAAACGGGAUGCGGUUUCCGGCCAGUACGUUCCGCGUGGUCGGCGGAAGUGUCGAGCGAAUGCAGAUGACGGAGAAUACCGUUGUGGUGGGAGUUGAUAAGGUGUUCGUGCACGAGCGAUUCAGCACGGUGACCAUUGAGAACGACAUUGCGCUGAUGAUUCUCAGUGCGCCGAUUCCGGACGGACAUCCGACGCUGCAGCCGAUUGAACGGGCGACUAGUCAGCCUGCGGCAGCGACCUCCUGUCAAACUUCCGGUUGGGGAACCACCAUAGUUGGUCAAAACGCCGCCCCGUCCAGUCUUCUGGCGGUCAACGUAACCGUGCAGUCGACGACCGAAUGUAACAGUGCCGGAGCCUACGACGGCCAUGUUGUGCCGGGAAUGUUCUGUGCAGGACAGACCGAUAAAGACGCGUGCCAGGGUGAUUCCGGUGGGCCGCUGGUUUGCAAUGGAAAACUUGCCGGAGUUGUGUCCCAUGGGAGAGGUUGCGGAUUGGCCGCAUAUCCGGGAAUCUACAGCGAUGUGGCGUACUACCGGGGCUGGAUUGAUUCAUGCUUGGCCGGAAAGUGUUCCGGAGCGGGAGGGAUGGUGAUUUCUUGGGGACUUUUGGUGAGUGUGUUGGUGAUUUUGGUUUAACGUUUACAAUAAAGCGCUUUAGUUGAGAUCAA